GGGAGGUGGGGGGAGGUGUCACCGCGGUCUAGGGCCGACUGGCGGCGGCGGAGUCGGUGGUCCCUGCGCGAUGGCCGCCUCGGUGUUCUGCUGCCUGCCGUGCUGCAGAGACGGCGGAACCGGGCACAUUCCUCUGAAGGAGAUGCCGGCCGUGCAGCUGGACACGCAGCAUAUGGGAACAGAUGUUGUUAUUGUAAAAAAUGGAAGAAGAAUAUGUGGGACAGGAGGUUGUUUAGCCAGUGCACCUUUACAUCAAAACAAAAGCUACUUUGAAUUCAAAAUCCAGUCCACAGGAAUCUGGGGUAUUGGUGUUGCAACUCAGAAAGUUAACUUGAAUCAGAUUCCCCUCGGCCGAGAUGUGCACAGUCUGGUGAUGAGAAGUGAUGGAGCUCUGUACCACAACAACGAGGAGAAAAGCAGGCUGCCCGCCAACAGCCUUCCACAGGAGGGAGACGUGGUGGGUAUUACAUAUGACCAUGUAGAAUUAAAUGUAUAUUUGAAUGGAAAAAACAUGCAUUGUCCAGCAUCAGGUAUACGAGGGACAGUGUAUCCAGUUGUUUAUGUUGAUGACAGUGCAAUUUUGGAUUGCCAGUUCAGUGAAUUUUAUCAUACUCCUCCACCUGGUUUUGAAAAAAUACUAUUUGAACAGCAGAUCUUCUGAAUGUAUUUGUUUUAGAAACUUGUAUUUCUGCACUGUUAAAAGUGUUUACCAUUUAAUAAAGCUUUAUCUGACCUAUAGAUGAAAAUAUAUUGUUAAAAAUAUGCUUGUUAAUAUUGUUUUAGGAACCAGUGUAUUCAGUAUAUCACCCAGAAAUUGUGAUUUAAAACACUUAUGUUUUGUGAUAUGAAAUCAGCAUUUUGGGCAAUUUAAUUCUUAUUUAAAUAAGUAUAACUAUGGGUAUGAUUAACAGUAUUAAGUGGAAAUAUAUAUAGAUAUUUAAAAGGGAAUCUUUCUUACAUAAAAUAUUUGUUUUGAUAGAGACGUAGUGUUGGGUGGGUUUUUGUCAUUCUGAAGUUUAGAUCCCAUUAACUAUUUUAAGUUUGCAGUCCAAUAAUUUUGUGUCUCAUGUCCUUUUUUAUAUAGAGUAUAACAAAGUGACCGAAAUUUAUAUUAUUGGCAACUUCACUUUUAGUAAUUCACUGUAAGAUGUACCACUUAAAGUUUAAAUUGCUUAUUUUGUUUGUAUGUCAUUGCUUUUGAUUUGCUUUGUGAAAGGAGAUAAGUGUUCUAGUAAUUGUUAGAGUAUUUUACUGAAGACCAUUAUGCUGUGUUGCUUCAAUACCAGAGUAAGUAGUGGUUGAUUGGUGAUACAGUGCACACUGGCAGACACUUAGAAUAGUGUGAUGCUUUAAACUUAAAUGUAAAUGAGAUAUUCUUUUAAAGACUUUUAUUUAAAUGUGUGUUUUUCUGUAAGGAAUAAUAAAAUAAUAGUAAUUAAGGAAUAUUCAAUACUAUAUUAAAUACAUUUUU